UUCUCUCUCUCUCUCUCUCCCCCCCCCCCCGAUUUGUUCGCUCCGUCAUUCACGCGCUUUCGUAGCUGAUUUCCAGGGUUUCGUCUUCUUCAUUUUUUUGGGGUGUUUUGAGUAGCGAUGAGCGACCACAUGGUGGUGUUUGUUGACCGUCUGAUCAGGCCGGUGGCCGUGCAAUCGGCGGCGGAAUCGUCCGAGGUUUCUGGUUCCGGGCCGGUCGACGGCGGUGCUGAUGGCGGCCCAGGCCCAAACGCAGCUGGCCCAGGCCCAUCCUCUUCGGCGACGGAUGAGAAGCAAGAGGAUGAGGAGGGUUUGGGCGAGGAGGAACCGCUGAUUCAGACGGCGGAGUGUCGCAUUUGCCAGGAGGAGGACAGCCUCAAGGAUUUGGAGACUCCUUGCGCUUGUAGUGGUAGCCUCAAGUAUGCUCAUAGGAAGUGUGUUCAGCACUGGUGCAAUGAGAAAGGUGAUACAAUUUGUGAGAUUUGCCAUCAGCCUUACCAACCUGGUUAUACUGCACCUCCUCCACCACCUCCUGAUGAAACUGCCAUUGAGAUUGGUGGAGGGUGGACAAUAUCUGGCACUCCGUUGGAGUUGGAUCCUCGUCUCUUGGCAAUUGCAGAGGCAGAACGUCAUUUUCUGGAAGCUGAGUAUGAUGACUACGCUGCUUCUAGUGCCAGUGGAGCUGCAUAUUGCCGUUCAGUUGCCCUUAUUUUAAUGGCCCUUCUUCUCUUGCGGCAUGCAUUGGGUAUUACAGAUGCUGACGCUGAUACUGAAGAUGAAACAUCUGCUUUUUUCUCUCUUUUCUUGCUCCGUGCUGCUGGAUUUCUUCUUCCUUGCUACAUUAUGGCUUGGGCCAUCAGUAUGUUACAGCGUAGAAGGCAAAGACAGGAGGCUGCAGCAUUGGCAGCGACGCAAGUAGCUUUUGUCCUGCAAUCUGGGCAACGUGGGGGACUGCAAUUUGCAAUAGCAUCCGGACGGCCAGCACCAUCAGGACCCACGGUUGCCUCACCCCAAGAGGCUGUUUAAUGUUGUUGUAUAUGGGCAGCAAGAAAUUCCUGAGUUGAAUGUGGCGCAUUUGGGAGGGUGAUUCAGCGGAAUGUGAUGAAAAAUAAAUGGAAAACCUUUCCUUCGUUUAAACGUAUAAAUAGAUUUUUUUUUAAUGGAUGAUUAGAUAUUUAAAAGAAGAGAAAUUGUUAACGUGACCGUGUGAAAUUCUAAUUUCAUCGUCAAAUUGGCCAUGGCUACCCCAUGUUGGUUCUGCUUUUGAUGUCUUUCUCUGUUUUCCAUGUAUAUAUCGAUUUCAAUCAGAGAAAAAUUUAUAUUAGCUCAAA